AUGGGCCUAAACGUUUUUCUGCUCUGUCUAGCUGUAGGUUUUUUGGGGCGAGCAGCAGCACAAGGAUGCCGAGCAGGUCAGGGCCCGGUCGAGCCUUGUAACGAUGUGCUGAUUGUCAUGGAUUUUAGCUAUAACGUUAAUAAAAACGACAACAAGGCAUUCCUAUUGACGCAAUACAAUUUCACGCGCGACAAGCUUCUCCCAGCCUAUGAUUUGAAUGAACAUCGAUAUGGCGUUGCUAUUGGUGGAUUUGGAUUUGGUAAUUAUGCAAAGCUUGGUAUCGAAGCCCCAUUGUUGAUGUUCUUCACGCGACGAGACCCGGAGCAUAUUUGCGAUGAUAUCGAUCAGAUCAAAACAGGCUUCAUCAUGAAUCCGGACUUUUCCUUUGGCUAUUUGGCACUCCCGCAGGUCCUGAAUUGGAUUGUAUAUUAUUCGGACAAGGACGGGAACCAGUACUCCACAAUUGUACUCUUUACAGCGUCUACAAACCAAGAUGAAAUCGAUGCGGGUGGAGAAUAUUAUCGAGACGUGAUGGGAAGAACUGGCGGGAGCUACCAUAUGAUCAUCAUUGCUGUUAAUAACCCUUCAAUGAGUUUCCGAGCUUGGGGAGGCGUGGCUACGGUCUAUCGCACAAAUAAUUUUAUGGAUUGGAACUCGACGGAGGUUGGGUUGUGCGUUGCCUCGACGGGUUGCGCUGCGAAUUGUCACUUGGACGUGACGACAGUUAAUCCCGGAGGUUAUACCGAUAAAUUUUAUACAGCUGGAACCACAGCACGCCCUUUGCCGACGAUUCCGCCCGCCACCCAAGCACCGACAACUGCCGCACCUACGACCACUACUACCACCACAACUACACCAGCUCCCGUCAUUACGACCCAAAGAGGCGCAACUACAGCAGCUGCAGGUGUAACUACCACUACUCCGCCUAGCACUGCCGCUCCGACAACGACUUCAACAAGCACAACGACUACUACAACCACAACUACAACUACUACUACUACUCCACUAAUGACAACACCUGGUGGAGGUGGUCCACCGUACGACCCAGCAGCCUAUGGAUGUGGCUGUGAUCAUUACAAGAUUUGGUUAGAUAUCAUUUUUGUGGUGGACUCCACGAAUGCCAUGACGCAACCUGGAUUGUCAUCGCUCUCCGACUAUAUCCAAUCUGCGCUAUGGGGAAUGACGAUUGGGCAGGGAUUUGGCCAGAUUUCUAGAGCGGGCCUGAUCACCUACGCAAAAACAGCAACAGUAGAUCAUCAGCUGACCGCCUUCCAGUCGUCGACCGAUAUGUUGAUGAACUGGAAGCCAACGUACCACGGAUUAGGCGAAACGAACCUUUGGGCGGGUCUAGAAAUGGCGAACCAGGAAUUCCAACGGGCUGGAGCAACUCGAAACAAUACCAAGAAAGUGAUCGUGGUUGCUGCUAGCACCUAUUUACCCGGUGGACAAAACGACCCCACGCAACUGGCAUGUCAGCUAAAGUUGAAUGGAAUUAAGAUCAUUACCAUUGAAUACGUCCAAACCCACGGAACUACCGUACCAAUCCUCGAAAAGAUUGCAUCUCCCAAUUAUAACCUAUCGAAUAGUAAUGAGCUGCUCCAUACUUUGCAAUUGAAGAAUUUGUUCUGUGAAGCAAAUUGCUUCUGCCAAACGAACUAUUUUCCAUACCAGAAGGACAUCUGGGAUGCGCCGCAAGGUGGUUGCUACCUGCCAGUCACGAUUCCGUCGGCUUACACCUUGGCUAGACGGUAUUGUCACAAUCGUGGUGGGAUUAUGCCGGUUCUAGAUACCCCGGACAAAGCCGUGUAUUUAGCCGGCCAGCAUGUCAAAAAGCAACCAAUGUGGACCGGGUUGACCUACCAGAAUCCGUAUUACCUUUGGGAUGACGGGAGUGCGCUUGGUUCCUAUCAUCCAUGGGGACCAGGAGCAAACGUCUCGGCCGGAAAUUGCGUCAGCUUCACCAAUUCCCAGGGUUUCCAGGUCCCAUGGAUGAACGACCAGUGCAUGGACGACUGCCUCUACACCUGUCAAAAACCAACGUGUUCGAGUGUGCAUUUUUGCCCGGAGCCGAUCUCGCAGUCGUGGUUUUCGGCUCGGGAGCGGCUGUUGGCGCAGGAUGCCUGCACGGGACUU